AUGACUGCUUUGUUUUUCCAGAAAGCAUGGUCAGUCGUUAAGACUGAUCUUGUCUAUAUGGUUAAUCAAUUUCUGGAGGAAGGUGUUUUUGAUAAGGAAUUAAAUCGGACACAUAUCUGUCUUAUCCCUAAGGUAGCCAAGCCGACAAGGAUGACGGAGUUGCGCCCCAUUAGCUUGUGCAAUGUGGCGUAUAAGGUUAUCUCUAAGGUUUUGUGUCAACGGUUAAAGCUUCUUUUACCAGGACUUAUUUCGGAGACACAGACGGCCUUUGUCCCGGGUCGGUUGAUCUCAGAUAAUAUCUUGAUUGCUCAAGAGAUGUUUCAUGGGCUGCGGACGAAUAAUUCGUGUAAAGGUAAAUUUAUGGCAAUAAAGACGGAUAUGAGUAAGGCGUAUGAUAGAGUUGAGUGGGGUUUCUUAGAGGCGCUAUUUCGGAAAAUGGGAUUUUCAGAAUGCUGGAUUUCCUGGAUCAUGUAUUGUGUUUCUUCGGUGGAGUAUCGGGUUCUUCUAAAUGGGCAACCGAAUGGUUUAAUUGUUCCGGAAAGGGGCCUCCGGCAGGGGGAUCCGCUUUCUUCUUAUUUGUUUAUUCUCUGCACGGAGGUCCUUAUUGCGAAUCUUCGGAAGGCGGAGGCAGAUAAACGGAUUACGGGUAUUAAGGUUGCUAAUAAGUGUCCGCCAAUCACUCACUUAUUAUUUGCGGAUGAUAGCCUGUUCUUUUGUAAGGUUGAUAAGGAUCAAUGCCUGGCGAUUUUAGAGAUCCUAAGGCAGUAUGAGAGGGUUUCGGGCCAGCAGGUUAAUUUGGCAAAGUCUUCGAUUCAAUUUGGUCACACGGUUGAGGCGGCCGUCCAGACGGAAUUGCAGGGGGUUCUAGGGAUUACUAAUCGAGGGGGAAUGGGCUCUUAUUUGGGUAUUCCUGAGAGCCUUGGAGGGUCCAAAACUAAGGUUUUCUCUUACGUCAGGGAUCGUUUGCAGAGUCGUACGACUGGGUGGUCGGCGAGGCUACUCUCAAAAGGGGGGAAAGAGGUUAUGGUCAAGUCAGUCGCUACGGCUGUUCUGACUUUUGUGAUGUCUUGUUAUCGUCUACCAAAGACAAUUACAACAAAACUAACUAGUGCAGUGGCAAAUUUCUGGUGGAGUACAAAUGGUCAGUCUGGGGGUAUGCAUUGGAUUGCGUGGGAACGCCUCUGUUGUAGCAAACAGUUAGGUGGUUUGGGGUUUAAGAGUGUUGAUGACUUUAAUACGGCUCUGCUGGCUAAGCAACUAUGGAGACUGAUAGAGUAUCCAGACUCUCUCUUUGCACGGGUUUUUAAAAGUAGAUAUUAUCGGAACUCUGAUCCUAUGGAUCCUAUACGAUCUUAUUCACCCUCGUACGGGUGGAGGAGCAUCGUUUCUGCUCGCUCUCUGGUGAACAAAGGCCUUAUUACACGGGUUGGGUCAGGGACCUCCAUUUCUAUUUGGAGCGAUCCCUGGGUCCCAGCUCAAUUCGCGAGACCAGCCUUAAGUAACGGUCCUUUUAAGGACCCAAAUCUCCCGAUAUCUCAUUUGAUUGAUCGGUCAGCAAAUUCUUGGCGUAAGGAUCUACUCAUGCAUCAUUUCGACUCUGAGGAUGUUGCACUGAUUGAGGCUAUACCUCUUGGCAGACAACUGAGAGAUGAUUAUUUUGGAUGGCAUUUUACCAAAUCUGGGAAAUAUACGGUUAAAUCAGGGUAUGAGAUGGCACGCUCAGAUGUCCAGGGUCCUUUUCGGGCCUUGGCCUCUGGACCAGAUUUCACCCCACUUCUUGCAAGGGUGUGGAAGGUGCGGUGUCCGCCAAAAUUACAGCAUUUUAUGUGGCAAGUUUUAUCGGGAUGUAUAUCGGUCUCGACUAAUUUACGCCGUCGAGGGGUGAGUUGUGAUGUUGUUUGCACACGAUGUGGGAUGGAGGCGGAAGAUAUCAAUCAUGCCAUUUUCUUGUGUCCGCCGGCUAGACAGGUUUGGGCUUUGGCAAAUGUCCCAGUGGGACCACAGCUUUUCCCGACAGGGUCGGUCUAUGCUAAUUUAGAUCAUUUUUUGGAUCCAAAAGGUCCGGGUUCACACAUCUCGGCUUUUCCUUGGCUGAUGUGGUAUAUUUGGAAAGCGCGGAAUGCUAGUGUUUUCGACAGCAUUGAUGAACGCCCGGAUGUGGUAGUCAGGGUGGCAGAAGGCGAGGCGGUAACCUGGCAGGAGGCACAGGUGGAUAUCGAGGAGGAUGAGCACCCUAUCAUCCCUCUGCAUCCAUCUUCCGGACCCCGGCUGUGUGCUUCGCUUCCACGGACUUUUACGGGCUAUCGGUGUUAUGUUGAUGGCUCGUGGAAGGACUCUGAUGCUUUUUCAGGUGCAGGAUGGUGUUGUUUCUCGUCACAAGACACCUCUCCGGUGUUUGGAGCGACCAAUUUCCGGCGAAGUUUAUCCCCGUUACAUACUGAAGUUGAAGCUUUCCUCUGGGCGAUCCGCUGUAUGAUUGGCCACGAUUUCAGGGAUGUGGUUUUCCUUACUGACUGCUCAGACUUGGUGAAGAUGGUGUCUUCCCCUACUGAUUGGCCAGCAUUUGCAGCAUAUCUCGAUGACAUCCAGACGGACAAGGAGGAAUUCUCAUCCUUUUCUUUGCUCUACGUUCCACGACGACAGAAUGUACGCGUGGACUCCUUAGCACGCCAGGCGCGUGUGUCUCUGCAUCAUGUUUUAUUUGUAGACGUUUUACCUCAAAAUUGGCUCGUUUGA